AUGCCCUCUUGGCUCGUCACCGGCGCCUCACGCGGCCUAGGCUACGCCUGGAUCACCCACCUCGCCGCGCAAACCUCCAACACCGUCUUCGCCAUCGUGCGCAACGUCAAAGCCACAGAGGACCGCCUUGCCAAAGACAACGUCAAGAACAUAACAGUCCUCUCCGCCGAUAUAGUGGACUACGCUGCCCUCGAAAAAGCCGCCGCCGAAGUCGCUAAAGUCACCGGCGGCGGGCUCGAUUACUUGAUCCACAAUGCCGCAUUGGUGAGCGCUGAGAGUGCAUUCUCGACCUUGUUGGACGGUACACCGGAGGGAGUAGAUGCAGAUUUGACGGAGAGCUUCAAUGCGAAUGUCCUUGGAACAGCACACGUGGUGCGGGCUUUCCUGCCUUUGAUUCGAAAGGGACAGGCGAAGAAGGUCGUUGUCAUCAGCUCUGGAAUGGCGGACAUCGAUCUUAUCAAUCGCUUCAACGUCGCCAUCGCAGGUCCUUAUGCGAUUUCCAAGGCCGCUGCGAAUGCCCUCGUUUCAAAAUAUCACGCCGCAGUGGGCAAGAGUGAGGGGAUUUUGAUCUUUUCGAUGAGUCCUGGGUUUGUGGACACGAAGGAGGGCAAGCCGCCGAGUCAAGAAGAGAUCGAAGGGGGCAAGGCGAUGGCUGCUCAGUUCGCGGAGUAUGCGCCUCACUUCAAGGGCCCGAUCACCCCGGAAGAGAGCGUGAAGUACCAGUUGCAGGUGAUUGACAAGGCGACGGUGGACACAUACGGAGGGUCGUUUGUGAGCCAUUUUGGAAAUAAGCAAUGGUUGUAG